AUGGGCGCAAAGGCGAGCACCGCGAACGGGGGGCAGAGUCCGCGCACCAGGACAUUCUCCACGAGCUCCAGCUCCGAGGUGGUGUCCAGUGGCGCGGGGUUCAGCCUGCUGAGAGCGAUACCGGGGAUACAAGUGACGAACGACCGCCAGCGAGCCAGGUCACUGUCUUCCGUGCCUGAUCUGCACGCUUCUCACGAAGCUAUCGCGAUCCCGCCUAACUCUCAGAGCUACGAGGCGUCCGCAGCCGCCAGCCCCGACACAGACUCGAGUUCCAAUGAGGAGGCGGGCCCGGUGCCCGGUACCUCGCUCGCGCUGGGACGUGUCUACGCCACGCACUCCCUGCCUUCACAUAUCUGGUCAAUAAACGGCGCACGCGCUUUGGUCGUUCAGUCGUGUUCGGACUACCGCAGCGCUCGCACCGCCAGCACUAUGUACAGACGCCGCUACCGCACCACCCUCGGGCUCGGGCUCGGCUCCUCCUUCUCCUCCUCGUUCUCGACGACGCUGUCGUUCCGCACUACCACCACCACCACCACCUCUGCCACCGACACCGUCAGGUCGGACGCGCGCGCCACUGCCGCUAAGCUCAAAUCCAAGUAUGAAAACGCCGGCACAGCGCAAGGUAUAAAAUGUCCGGUGUGCAGCAAGUUUGUGUUGCCGGACGACAUAGAGUGCCAUCUUGUCAUGUGUCUCACCAGGCCACGACUAUCCUAUAAUGAGGACGUGCUAAGCGACUCGAAGGGCGAGUGUGUGAUCUGUCUGGAGGAGCUUUCCGCCGGAGACACAAUCGCCCGCCUGCCCUGCCUUUGCAUCUACCACAAGGGAUGUAUAGAUCAAUGGUUUGAAGUGAACAGAUCGUGCCCGGAGCACCCCGGGGACUAGUAGUGCGGCGCGGCGCCGCCCGUGCCAUGUCGCGAGUGAUACUUUUAUACUGAACUGACUGUGCCCGAGGGCCUUGUAAAUAUAAACUUAUGCUAGUGAGAUGUUUUACCGUUUAAUGAUUAAACAAAAAUAAGAAAAAAAACAAAGACAAUUAUAGUAACGAAACGCUAUGGGAAAUUCUUGG